AUGUGGCUGCUUCUCAAGUUUCAAUACAAGUGAAAAAGCAGGCUGGGUGGGGAUGGGGGAAGAGAAUACGCGUCUGCCUUCCAACCUAUGCUGAUAGAAUUGCCCCUGGCAUGGAUGGUACAAGGUGCUGGGACUCCCAGGGUAUCAGGACUCUUUAAAUGACCCUGGUGUGGUUCCAGGAGGAGAGAACUGCAGGGUUCUAAGUUCCAUCUGUGCAAUGCCACGCAGGCAGGAGUGAGGAGGCAUCAGUGGCUGUACAUGUGACCCAUGAGCUGGACUGGACAAGGCUGUGUAUUGGAAACUAUAGCUGGAGGAACCCAGGGGCACUGCAAGGAGGGCAUCAAAGAUGCAGAGGGUAAGGAAAUACUUCCGUGGCAGUGGCAGAGCCCUGGCAUUUAUAUUUAUUGCCUCAGUCAUCUGGUUGAUCUUUGACAUGGCAGCUUUGAGGUUCUCCUUCAGUGAGAUCAAUGCCAGGAUGCAGAAAGAGGAAAUUUACAGGAGGGACAAGGUAGGGUUUGGGUCCUGGAAAUCCCCAGGUAACAGAAUUGGGGACAGCAGGUGGUUAAAAGAUGACACUGCUAAAUUAAAGGGGGUAUUCCACCCACCUGCUGAUCAGGCUUAUGACAGUGAUUUCAAAAGGAUGGGAAGACUAAGGAAAAGGACUAUAAAACCAAUGAUUGUACAUUUAAAUAAAACUAUUUUACCAGUUAGGAUUCCAACAGAGGCGAAAGGACAGCCUCCUCACCUGUGGGGAAAAAGUAAAGACGAAAAUCUGGAGUUUUUAAAUGACACCAACUUACUAGGAGCCAAUGCAUUUCAUUUUAAGCAAAUCCAGCAACCAGAGGAACAUGCUGGACAUGGUGAGGUAGGUGUGCAGAAGACAGAGAAACUUGUAGGUGUAGGUAAGUCAAAAAGUGUAACAAAAUCCAAUGGUAAUAGUAAAGGGGAUAGUGUGGUGGAGGUCAAAUGGGGUGCUAAAGUUGCAGGGGUCUUGAAGGCUGAGGGGGAGCCCAAAGAUACAGGAGACUUUAAGCCUGUAGGUGAGCCCAAUGAAACUGGAGACUUAAAGCCUGUAGGGAAGCCCAAAGAUACAGAAGACCUGAAGGUUGUAAAGGAUGUCAAGGGUGCAGUAGCAUUGAAGGUAGGGGGGAACCCGAAGGAUGUAAGGGAACCUACCAAAGGUGUAGAAGAUGUGAAAGUAGUAGGGAAGGCUGAAGGUGUGGGAGACUUUAAGGUUGUGGGGGAGCCCAAAGGCGCAGAAAACAUGAAGGAUGUAGUGGAUCUCGAAGGCGCAGGGGACAUCAAGGUUGUAGGAGAGCUUGAACGUGCAGGGGACAUGAAAGCUUUUGGGGAACUUGAAGGUGCAGGGGACAUUAAGGUUUUCGGGGAGCCUGAAGGUGCAGGGGACAUGAAGGCUUUUGGGGAGCCUGAAGGUGCAGGGGACAUAAAGGCUGUAGGGAAGUCCGAAGGUGCAGGGGACAGGACGGUUGUAGGUAAGCCUGAAGGUGCAGGAGAGGUGAAGGUUGUAGGAAAGCUUGAAGAUGUAGACAACCUGAAAGUUGUGGAGCCCAAGGAGAUAGGUCACAUAAAAAUUUUAGGGGAACCAAAAGUUGCAGAAGACCUCAAGUCUCUAGGUGACCAAAUUCAUGCAGGAGACAUCAAGGAUGUAGGGGAGCCCAAACGUGCAGAAUACAUCAAGGCUGUAGGGGAGCCCAAUGGUGCAGACAAACUUAAGGCUGUUGAGACCAAGGGUGCAGGCUUUAAGGCUAAAGCAGAGCCUCAUGAUACUGGAGUCAUAAAAAGCGCUGGGGAGCCCAAAGCUGAAGUAGACCAUAAAACAUUGGUGGAACUCAGGAAUAUAGGAGAUUUGAAAGGUAUAGAGGAUGUGAGAGCCAAAGGGAACAAGACAAGUGUACAAGAUAAGCCUUCUCUAAAUAUCACUUUAAAUGUGGAACAAUUGGAUGAAAAUUUGUCAGAGAAAGAUAAACCAAAGGAACAUCAGGAUUCAAAGCCAAAAUUCGAUCAACCCAUCAACGAGAAGGUAAUGGUGGUGAGUAAAUUGAAUGCAAAUGCAACAAAUGCAAAUAUCGGCAAGAAGAUAGUGCCAAGGGAUACAUCUCUUAAUUCUAACUUAAAUAAGGAGCUUAAAUAUGACAGUCAGAAAUCGAUGUCUAAACAGUUCCAUGUUCCUAAUAAUGGCAUAUUAUCUGUUACCUCUGCCGUGGAAGAAAAAGAUUUAAAGGAUGCUAAAACAAAACUCAAUUUUAUCGAAGGAUUUUUAGGCAAAGUGGAAAAGAAAAAAGAGAAAACAAUCAGCCAGAUAAAAUUGCCAGCAAACGUACAAAAUGGUAACAAUAAUCAAGUGACUGUUGCAAGAAACUCUGGGGUGCACAAAGUUUUAACCCUUGACAGGACUAUCAUUCCAAGAAACCCCAAAGCACCAGGUCAGUACGGAAGGUCAGUAGCAGUUCCAAAAGACAAAGAGGAAGAAGCCAAAAGAAGAUGGAAAGAGGGAAAUUUCAAUGUCUAUUUGAGUGAUUUGAUUCCUCUAGACCGGGCGAUUGAGGACACAAGGCCUAAUGGGUGUUCCGCACAACUUGUCCACAAUGAUCUUCCUACAACCAGCGUUAUCAUUUGUUUUGUGGAUGAAGUUUGGUCUACUCUUAUACGCUCUGUUUUUAGUGUUCUAAACCGAUCUCCAGAUCAUCUUAUCAAAGAAAUUAUUCUUGUGGAUGACUUCAGUACAAAAGCCUACCUGAAGGAAAAAUUAGAUAAAUAUAUGGUGCAAUUCCCCAAAGUCAAGAUUCUUCAUCUCAAAGAAAGACAUGGUUUAAUACGAGCAAGAGUGGCCGGUGCGAAUAUGGCAAAAGGUGAUGUGCUGACUUUCCUGGACUCUCAUGUUGAAUGUAAUGUUGGAUGGCUUGAGCCUCUUUUGGAGCAAGUUCGACAAAACAGAAAGAAAGUAGCCUGUCCAGUAAUUGAAGUAAUCAAUGAUAAGGAUAUGAGCUACAUGACAGUGGAUAAUUAUCAAAGAGGAAUCUUUACAUGGCCAAUGAAUUUUGGCUGGAAGCCAAUUCCUCCAGAUGUACUUCUCAAAGAUAAAAUAACAGAAAUCGAUCCAAUACGGUGCCCUGUCAUGGCGGGAGGUUUAUUCUCCAUUGAUAAGAAGUAUUUCUAUGAGCUUGGAACGUACGAUUCAGGACUGGACGUUUGGGGUGGGGAAAAUAUGGAAAUAUCAUUUAAGGUGUGGAUGUGUGGAGGAGAAAUCGAAAUCAUUCCCUGCUCCAGAGUAGGACAUAUAUUUAGGAAUGACAACCCCUACUCAUUUCCAAAGAAUCGUAUAAAAACUGUAGAAAGGAACUUGGCUCGUGUUGCUGAGGUUUGGUUGGAUGACUAUAAAGAACUUUUCUACGGACACGGUUAUCACCUGCUGCAAGUAAAUUCAAGCAUCGGGGAUCUGAAAGAACAAAAGGAUCUUAGAAAGAAACUGAAUUGCAAAAGUUUCAAAUGGUAUAUAGACAACGUCUAUCCAGAUCUUGAAGCACCACUUGUCAGAGCUACUGGAGUGUUGUCUAACCGGGAACUGGGAAAAUGUCUUUCUUUGGAGAAAUCUACUUUAGUUCUGGAAGCAUGUGACGCUAGUAAACAGAACCAGCAGUUUAACUACACCUGGCUCAGAUUAAUUAAACAGAAUGACCUCUGCAUUGCGCCUGCAAGCCAGAAGGAGAAAUUGAGUUUGCAUCCCUGCGACAACACAAACACUAACCUCCGAUGGUUACACAAGUCUCUGACAUCUUUUCAGCCAUCCCUGAAAGAUCAUAUUGUUCUGGAAAAUUUACAACACCCGAACUGUCUAGAUGUGGACCAAUCGCACAGGAACCUACAAAUGAGUGCAUGUGAUUCCUCAAACAAAUUCCAAAAGUGGCAAUUUGAGACAUACUUUGUAGAAUGAGGAGAAUGCUACCAGCAUACCAAAAAGAUUAAUAUAUUUACUGCUGUGAAAUGAACAACAAGCUAUCUCUGGUAUUAGCGAGAAACUUCCUAAAAUGAUCCGGAGUUUACAUUUUCUAUCCAACUUUUUUAAGCAAUACAACCUGAAUAAUAACAUUAAUGUAAUCCUGGAAACUGUAAUCCUGCAUUUGCAGAAGUUACUUGAGGUUCCAUGAAGCCAACACCAAUGAAACCAGAAAUGGACUCUAGCUACUCGAAUGAAGGUUGUUGGGGAAAUAAGUGACGUGGGUUUUUAUUUUGCAUGUCCUAGGUGUUUGGUACAAGGUUUUUUGAUUUGAUGACUAGUAGGUCUUUAUGAAUAUACCCAAUAGGGGGUAAACUGAACUGUUAAAAUUGAUAGAUGGGUAUAGCCAUGCUUCCUGUCUCCCAGGAAAUCAAGAUGUCAUAUUUGAAUACAGGUCUGGAUUUGUAAGGUCAUAUCAGGUAAUUUUUGUUUACCUUGAAUUUACAAUUGUACUCUUUUAGCUGCCGGGUAAAAUCUAAAGUACAUAAAUGAACUUCUUGUUGCACUCACUGUAGAUAAUUAUUAACUGGUAAUAAUGUCUUUAUGGUGGCCUCCAUUCCUGAGAAAUUCACUAUGUGAAUAAUGGACAGGGCAUUAGGUUACCCGAGAGAAUGACUGAGCAUAUUUUUGAGAAGAAUUUGGAGAACUUUCCCGGCAGAAGAUGAACUAUGAACAUUUGCAACACAGAUACAAAAUUUGAACAAUCGCACCCAACCCUACUUGGGGAUCAUAGUCCACGAGAAUUGGCAUGCCACAGAUUUUGUGCACCUUAUUAUGAGUAUAUACAAAGCAGGAUUUUUUUAUGCAAAAUGUUACAGUUUUGGCUGUUCAUUCAAUCACUACUUCAAAUUGAAAUUAUUUGCGAUAAUUGGCUUUAGAUUUCUAAUCUCUGAUAAAACAGCAUUCCCUUGCA